AUGACAAAAACAGUAGAAACUGGAAUCUCUACGGUACAAAAAAAGUAUCGCAGAAAUACUGUUUAUGAAACAUCAAAACAUUAUGAAUGGAAUGUGGAACUGAAUACAGCAUUAAUUAUAAAAAAUUGGAAACCCAUACCGCUUGAACAGAUUUCUGAUAAUCCCACAAUACCUGUUUGUGAUAUCAUUGGUGAAUUGACUUCUGUGGUGACACUACGUAUUGUUAUAUUACGUACCAAAACCUCACCAUUUGGUGAGAUUAAAGAUAAAUUAUUAAAAUUAUUAGUUUUACAAUCACAUGCAGUACUACGAUCCACCGGUUGUCCAUUGGAUGAGUCAAUACUUUCGCAGCUAUGCCGUAUCUCAUAUCAAAACGCGUAUGCAUUUCCUGACAUCUCCGAAGAUAUACGAAGAAAAUUUGAACAAUGGUGGUCAAAUCAAUUAUCGCCUCAAGCUGCUAUGACUCCAAAAAUGCUUCCUUUUAUGGCUGUACCACAACCAGUUGCGAACGAUAUGGACUUUAAAGUUGGUUCUGCUGCAGUAGCCGCAGCAGCUGCAGCGGCAGCAGCACAAGCAGGUCUACAUGCGGCAAGUAGCAAUGCAAGUGUAUCCAGUUUAGGUGUACCGACCGGCAUUAAUGCAAGUCAUGAAUCGUUAAUGUUAAAUGAGCAUGGUGGACCAGGAGUGCCCGGAAAUAGUGCAUCGCAUCACCCAGGCAUGUUGGUACAUCCCGCAAUGCACGCUUCUAUGCACCAUCAUCAUCAUCAUUCACAUUCCCAGUAUCCAAAUCAGAAAACACGCAUGCGUACAAGCUUUGAUCCUGAAAUGGAGUUACCAAAACUUCAGAAAUGGUUUCAAGAGAAUCCACAUCCUUCCCGACAACAAAUACAAACUUAUGUAGUACAAUUGAAUGCUUUGGAAUCGCGACGAGGUCGCAAACCAUUGGAUGUGAACAAUGUUGUUUAUUGGUUCAAGAAUGCGCGUGCUGCCCAGAAACGUGCUGAAAUGCGUGGCGGUCUGGGAGCAAUUGGUGCUUUAGGUCAUGUAGCUAUGAAUGGAUAUUUGAGUCAACACGGUCAAUUGAGUCAAAAUUCAGGCAGUAGUGCUGGUAGCAUAACUGGCAGUCAACAGCUGAGUGGUGUUGGUAUGCCGUUGGCACAUGACUAUCUCAAAAGUCCUUUGAGUUUAAAAUCGGAAGAUAUAGAUACAAUGUCACAACACUCAGAUGACAUGGAUGAAGAUACAAGUCGCCCAUGCUCCCCACAAUUGCCACUAUCAUUGACAACACAUGAACGUAAUCGCAACUCACCCACAAAUAAUGAUGAACAUUGCGCUGAAAGUCGUCGCACAAGCUCCUCGAAAGAUGAGAAUGAUACACAUAACUUAAUUAAUGGUACGCCACUACAAAUGGAGCGAUCAUGUUCGCGUGACUACAAUGAAGAGGAUACUGUAAAACGUGAAAAAGAUAUUGAUGAGAAUAUUGAAAGCAAUAAAAGUGAUACAGUAACCACACCAAAUGAUGUGCAACAGAACGAAAAUGAAACUAAUAAUAACUCAACUAAUUCCAAUAACAAUAAUAACAGCAAUCCUAGUAACGAACAGGUAGAACAAGAUUUAGCUGAGAACUCAUCACCGAAGCAUAUAACAACUAAAGAAGAAGAUGACUAUCUUGAUAUGGAUGAAGAUGAUGAGGAUAAUGAAAAUGAUACCAGUCAAUUGGAUGAUUUUCGUUCACCUUCACCGGAUAUGACGAACUCAAUGGCAGAUCGUAAGGAUUUACAAUUUCCGAUGGUACCCAACUCUAUGUUCUCACAAUCGUUCAUGUAUAUGAGUCAUUACAUGCCUGGUUUUGGUCAAGCAGCUGCCGGCCAUCCACAUACACAUCAUGCCAUUGCGGCUGCAGCUGGUAUGCAACAGAGUCCUUUAAUGAGUCAUAGUGGCUUAAAUUUAUCUAGCCUAUCAAAUGAAGAACGUCGUAAACGUAAUCGCACGUUUAUCGAUCCAGUUACAGAGGUACCAAAACUGGAACAGUGGUUCGCUAUGAAUACACAUCCAUCACACAAUUUAAUACUGAAAUAUACAGAAGAUUUGAACACGAUGCCAUAUAGGCAAAAGUUUCCACGGCUAGAAAGCAAAAAUGUGCAAUUCUGGUUCAAGAAUCGUCGUGCUAAGUGUAAGCGCCUCAAGAUGUCGCUGUACGAUAACUCACAAUUUCCCGCUUUGAACUCAUUCGUGCACAAAUACGAUGAACGUGAUUGAAAUAUGCUGGAUAUGGACUGUUCGUUCUUAACUGAAAGCCAUAAUAAGAUAUCUAUAUAAAUGUUAUUUAUUAAUUCGACUUCUGCAACUUAUAUGACAUUCUUCAAAAAACUACUA